AUGAGUGUGAAUGAGUACACCUCGGAGUUUCUGAGACUGGCUGAGAGAAAGCAACUGCCAGAAAGUGACAAUCAACAAGCAACUCGUUAUUUGAGUAGUUUGAAGCCCGCUAUUCGAGACAAAAUUGGAGUCCAGAUGAUUAUGAGUGUACAGGAAGCGAGGAACUUAGCUUUGAAAGCUGAGUUAAUGUCUCAAGAGAGGACUCGGGCUGACAAUUAUCGACGGUAUAGUGGGAAUGACAAUAGGCAAGCAACGGCUGAUAAGGGCAAGCCAACUCAAGGUGUGCAACCUCCCAACUCGCCUAAUGUAGCUAACACCAAUAAGGCUGCAACAGGAGGAAACACUCGAGGUAACACUUCAAACCCUCCUAAAAACAUUAAUCCUAAUGCAAAACCUAUUCCUUUUAAGUGUUUCAAGUGUAAUGAGGUUGGGCAUAGGUCCAGUGAUUGUCCCAGGAGAAAAGCAGUUAACGUAGUAGAAAGGGAGGAGGAAGAAGUUUGUGAUGAUGAAGUAUAUUGUGGGCCCGAUGGAGAGGACGAAGGAGGUGUUUAUGAACAUGAAGAGUACACGUGUGUUGUGAGGAAGCUUAUGUUAUCUCAGAAAAAUAGGGAUGACACACGACACAGGCUAUUUCACACUAGGUGUAUGGUGCAAGGUCAAUUAUUUGAAUUGAUUAUUGAUAGUGGCAAUCAGGAGAACAUUAUUAGCAGAGAUGUGGUGAAGAAGCUGCAACUAAUUCCUGAGAAACAACCGAACCCUUACACGAUUGGGUGGAUCAAAGAAGUUGGUGGCGUACGUGUGGAUGAACGCUACAAGGUUCCAUUUUCUAUUGGUAAGUAUACUAAUGAGGUUUAUUGUGAUAUUGUGGAUAUGGAUGCUUGCCAUAUUUUGUUUGGUAGACCUUGGCAGUUUGAUGUAGAUGCUAAACACUUGGGUAGGAAGAACGCAUACCAGCUUGAGAAAGAGGGUGUGCGCUAUACAUUGUUGCCUAUGGCAGAAAAGAACCUAACCAAAGCUUCAAAAGGAUUGCUCGACGAGUUUCAUGAUGUAGUUUCUGACGAGUUGCCUAAUGAGCUACCACCCAUGCGAGACAUUCAGCACCACAUUGAUUUAGUUCCUGGUGCUAGCCUACCUAAUCUGCCACACUUCAAGAUGAGUCCUAAAGAGAAUGAGAUCUUGCGGGAGAAGGUAGAGGAGCUGUUGAGAAAAGGGCACAUUCAAGUUAGUAUGAGUCCUUGUGCAGUGCCGACAUUAUUGACACUGAAGAAAGAUGGGAGUUGGAGGAUGUGUGUUGACAGCAGAGCAAUCAACAAAAUCACUAUUGGCUACAAGUUUCCCAUUCCUAGACUGGAUGACAUGCUUGAUCAACUUGAUGGGGCUGUGGUCUUUACCAAGAUUGAUCUCAGAAGUG